AUGGCAAGCUUCGCGAGAGGCUUUCGCCUCUUGUCAUGCCCUCGGGCGCCCUUGACCCCGCGAACUAUUCUCCCAAAUCUCUCCUCUGCCCAAUCGCGAUUCUUUACAGCGUCAAUGCGGUUGCGCGCCUCUGCGACACCGAAGCCACAGCCUAAACUCCCUAAAGACAUCAAGUCGAAAUCACCGACAAGCCAAACGAAUGCUCCCCCCGCGCCGCCGUCGGCUUCAGUAGCACCCAGCCGAUAUGCCUUUGUGAAGAGCUUGGCCUCUAAGCAGACACCAACCCUUCUGUACGAGGCACCUUCGCAUUUCUGGUUUUAUUUCGGAUGCUGGUCAAGCGGUAUAUCUAUAAUAGCUUGGACGGUGUUGACAGGCCCAACGGCCAUCCAACAGCCAGAAGGCAUACCGCAGUGGGUUGGCUUCACCUUUGGAGCGUCUUAUGCCCUACUCGGAGCCAUGGGCUUUUAUCUCAUCUCAAAGACCCCCAAUAUCGUCAGCAGCAUCCGAGUGCUGCCCCCUCUUCAAGCAGCCGGCCAAGCGGCCACCCGACCAGGAAUCGCUGCCGGCGUGCCCCAACUCGAAGUGACAGUCAAGAGAAUGGUCCCUUUGCUUCAGCCAAAGGUUAUCAGGACGGAUCUCGACAAAGUUGCACUCAAGACCCGCUUCUCGCUUCCGAGCGAAUACGUGCCAGAGCUGAGACGCCUCGAGCUGCAGCUCGAAGAAGAGGCGCGGAAGAAGUCCUUGUGGAAAUUCGACAUGGAACAUCUCUUCACGAUGCCUUUUCGGAGGAUUGGCCGUGCGUUUGUGAACAUGUUUAAGGGCGUAAGAGCGGCAUGGACAGAUGUGGGGUAUGGCAUUAUCAAAGUGGACGGAAAGCAGUACAAAGUAGACGUUACGAAAGGGUACGCUCACGACGGAUUCCGAACGCUGGAGCGGGUUGUAACUGUAGGCUGGAAAUAA